AUGUCGAACGAUGAGACUACCCCGCUGCUGAACAAGAUGCAGUCUGACGCGGUGGAGAACUUGAAAGGCGAUAUCCGCACGUACCCGCCUGAGCAUGAGGGCGGGUAUAGGACCCUUGUUUUGUUGUUUGAUGGAACGGGGGAUACAGACGAUGGUGAUAUUUCUAAUGUUAUUGCAUUGAGAAAUAUGCUUCAUCCGAGGAACGACCCCAAGAAGCAGUUGGUGUAUUAUCAGACUGGAAUCGGGACGUACAAUCCACACUUCCCAGGGUUGAAAGUUAAGGUUCCACUCGUUAGCGACGUGUCCAGGACGUUGGACAGUGCUAUUGCUUGGAGUUUGGAUUAUCAUGUUGUAGAGGCCUACCAGUGGCUCAUUGAUAAUUACCAGGAAAAUGAUAAGAUUUGCCUGUUUGGUUUCUCCCGGGGUGCAUACACCGCUAGAGCGCAAGUGGACUCUGUCAGCGCGAUGAUCAACAAAGUUGGUCUGCUUCCUCAGGCCCGCAAGGAUAAAGCCUGGGAUGCGUACAAGUCGUUCACGAAAGAAGGCCCGGACACAUGGACGGAUUCCAAGGCCUUCCGCAAGGAAAACGAAAGCAGAGGUGUAAUCAUCGAAUUCGUCGGCGUCUGGGAUACGGUGAACUCGGUCGGCACGGUCAGCGCGCGGAAGCUCCCGUUCACUGCGAGCAAUGGCUCUGUGCGCACGUUUAGGCAUGCGGUUGCUCUUGAUGAGCAUCGCUCGCGAUUCCGCUCUAAUAUGUGGAAUCCUCCCAAGACGGAUCCGAAGAAGCAGCCGUGGCCCUUGGUAACUGAUGUUGACCAGGUCUGGUUUGCUGGUGCUCAUUGUGACGUCGGAGGAGGAUCUGUUCCCAAUGGUACUCGCCCUAACUUGGCGCACAUCGCUCUGAGGUGGAUGGUCCGCGAAUGCUUUAAAACGAAGAAUGGCAUGACAUUCGAUCCAGCGGAGAUUAGAUCCAUUGGAAUUAACCCAGACAUGCUCUACCCCAAGGUGGUGGAGCGCCCUGCUGCCCUCGAGCCCACACCAGACUUGAAGCCGUCGACAGACACCAUCAAAAAACCGGGCGUCAUCCAGAGCGCUGGGUCGUGGCUCAAAAGCUGGUUCGUCACCCCUCCCGAACCUGAGAAGCCAGACUAUAGCGUGUACGAGACCUACAGCGAGGAGAAGCUCGACCUCAUCGACGCGCUCGCGCCGAUAUACGACCAGCUCAUUGUCAACAAGGCAAAGUGGUGGCUUCUGGAGAAUACGUGGUUGAAGGGGUACUCCCCACAGGAGAAACGCGAUGUAUGGCGAAGGAACUUGGGACGUGGGCGCACGAUUCUCCCGCCUGUUGAUGCUGAGCUCACGGACCCGGUGAAGGCGAAAGCGAAGCAUCAGGUCCCUCUGGAUCCACGAUGGGCGAAGCUUCGUGUUCAUAGGACGGUACGCACGCGUAUGGCGUGUGCAGGGGAUGAUAAGAAUCCGCCGUAUAUUCCGAAAGCGCUUAUGAAUGGAGAAACUACGUUGGAUAAGUUGGAUCCUGAGCUGAUUCAAUGGGUGGAUUAA